AUGGCACCGACGUUCAACUUUACCUCGGACCCGACACUUUCAUCUUUCGCCGUCAACCUGCAGACGUACAUUGCCAGCGACCCAGGCCGAGAGACUUCCUCAGCUGACACAGUAAAGUUUCAAUAUGUCGCGGUGGGAGCCAUUGUCUUCGCCUCCUCCGACCCAGAGCGUGUCCUACUGGUUCAGCGUGCUGCAACUGACAGUGCGCCGAACAGAUGGGAAGUUCCAGGCGGUGCUGCCGAUUUUGAGGAUCCGUCAAUUCUCCAUAGCGUGGCUCGGGAGCUGUGGGAAGAAACAGGCCUGACAGCGGAGACGAUCGGUCCUCAAGUUAGCGACGAGGUCGUUUUCCUCACACGAUCGGGCAAGAUGGUCUGCAAGUUUCACUUUCUGGUCGAAGCGAAAAGAAAUUCCACUGGUGCUUUGAAUGUCAUGCUGGACCCAAAGGAACAUCAGAAUUACCUAUGGGUCACCGAAGAACAGGUCAGAGCGAGGCGCGUGGAUGAUCGCGAUCUGAAGUUUACGAGUAAAGAUCAAGAAGCCGCCAUUAUUGAAGGAUUUGAAGUACGCAGACGCUUGAAAGGGGAGAGAUAG